AUGGCGCUUCUGCAUGCACCUUUACGCACACGUUGGAUGGUAACGGCUUUCACGCUUAUUGCACUAUGGGGCUGUGCGCUCUCCAUCACUCGCUACUCCAUACCGGAGGAAAUGGAAGAGGGAUCCUUUGUUGCUAAUCUGGCCACGGAUCUGGGUUUGGACGUCCGCACACUGACGCAACGUGAAGCGAAGCUCGAUUUUGUGAACAGUAAGAAUUACCUUGACAUCAAAAGAGACACGGGUGAGUUGAUUAUACGUGAGAAAAUAGACCGGGAAAACAUCUGCACCUCUAAAACCACGUCUUGUUUCUUAAAAAUGGAUGUCAUUCUCGAGAAUCCCAUUCGUAUUUUUAACAUUGAGCUAGAGAUAAUGGACAUUAAUGACAAUGAGCCUGUGUUUCGUAGAAAGACAAUGAAUUUGGACAUUUCGGAAGCCACCCCUCCCGGGGAGAGAUUUUCAUUGACAAAUGCUGUAGAUGCAGAUGUGGGCGCCAAUUCAGUCAAGACCUACCAUCUGAGUGAGAGCAAAUUCUUUAACAUUGACAUCCAAACUGGCAGUGAUGGCUCUAAAUAUGUAGAUCUGGUGCUAAAUGGGAAUCUAGACAGAGAGGAGCAGGGAGCUCAUAAUCUGAUUUUGACGGCAGUAGAUGGAGGGGUGCCUCCCCGCUCCGGUACAGCGAGCAUCAUUAUCAAUGUCCUGGAUAUCAACGACAACGCCCCCCUCUUCAGUCAGCCGGUAUAUACAGUCAAUGUCUCCGAGAACUCUGCUGCAGGCACUGUGGUCAUGGUGUUAAAUGCGACAGACUUGGACCAAGGCACGAACGCAGAGCUGCUAUACUCGUACACACUGUACACUUCGGAGAAAACCCAGGAGAUCUUUACGCUCGAUCAGCACACGGGCGAGAUCAAGGUGAAAGGCGUCAUAGACUAUGAGGAGAGUCAAAGUUUUGAGAUGCACAUCCAAGCGCAGGACCGGGGCACCAACCCGCUGUCAGGACACUGCAAAGUCACGGUCUAUGUCAAAGACCUCAAUGACAACUAUCCUGAAGUCACCAUCAAGUCUGUGAAAAACGCUGUCAGUGAAGACACCCCCAUUGGCACGCUUAUUGCAGUCGUAACAGUGAGAGACCAGGACUCAGGAGACAAUGGUGUGGUCGAACUCACUUUGAGCCAACAAGCAACACUACCUUUACUCCUAAACAAAACUUCUGAGGGCUUUUAUGAGCUAAUAGUUUCAAAACCAUUGGACAGAGAAAUGAUAAGCAAAUAUGAACUAAUUCUAAUGGUCACAGACAAAGGCAACCCACCCCUAUCUGAAAAUGAAACAAUAAUUUUAGACAUUCUAGACAUCAAUGAUAACGCACCCACAUUCCCUCAGCCUUUUUACACCAUCCAUGUUGUGGAGAAUAAUGUACCAGGGGCUUUAUUGACAUCUCUCAGCGCUCAUGACCCAGAUCUGAAUGAAAACCAAUAUUUAGUCUACUUCAUAAUGGAAAAAGAGAUUGUUAACACAUCCAUGUCCAUGCUGUUUUCCAUCAAUCCAGAAAACGGAGAUCUUUACGCAUUAAAGACAUUCGACUAUGAAAGAGAAAGGGACUUCUUAUUCCACAUCGAGGCAAGAGAUUCUGGUGUUCCUCCACUUAGUAGUAACGUGACAGUCCAUAUUAUCAUACAAGAUCAAAAUGACAACACUCCCAUUAUAGUGUCACCAUGGAGAGCUCAAGGAUCUAUCGUGGAAGAAGUAAUACCUCGAUCUACAGAUAAGGGGCAUCUAGUGGCUAAAGUUAUCGCCAUUGAUGCUGAUUCAGAGCAGAAUUCAAGAGUGACAUACCAACUCUUACAAAUCACAGAUGCCUCUUUAUUCAGCUUGGACCAGUACAAUGGAGAGAUCCGAACAACAAGGAUGUUCAGUUAUAGAGAUCCAAGGCAACAAAGAUUAGUCAUUGUUGCCAAGGAUAACGGUGAUCCCGCUUUGUCAGCUACAGUGACCAUCAAGAUCUCAACUGUAGAAAAUGUGAUGUCGUUUUCAGAAACCACUGAGCUGCCAAUUGAAUAUGACAUGUUCACAGACUUGAACUUGUACUUGGUGAUCGGACUAGGAGCUGUGUCAUUCUUGCUGUUGAUCACCAUCCUGGUUAUAAUUGUCUUGAAGUGUCAGAAACCAAAGCCCAAAGCUAUCAAGAUCCCACCAAAUGCUAACAGAAACAGUGUGAUUAGCAGAAAUAGCGUCAUCAGUCAGAGAAGUUCUACCAUCGCAGAUUCGACCCUGAUCUCCAGUGAUGCCUACUGGUACAGCCUGUUCCUGGCUGAGACGAGGAAGGGGAAAGUGGUGGUGAGGCAGCCCAUCAUCCCCAAAGGAGGCUAUUUUGUGUCCAGUAUACCCCGGAGCAUAGGCCCCAGUGAGACGGACUCCAGAGCAUCCACACUGGAGGGCCCCAGAAGAGAACUGCCAUGA